AUGGUUGUGAUAUUCUGUCCCUUUCGUAUGAUCCUUAUGAAUUAUCUCAUCUAUAGAAAGUUCAACUGGAAAAGUUCACAACUUGCUUACAGAUUAUCCUCUUCACUCGCUUUCGUACAAAACCCAUUUGGUUCAUGUGCAAAACAUGAAGAAAAGUUCACCUUUUCCAACCCCUUUGAGUUCUUACAUGCUUACAAGUUUUCAGGGAAGUAUAGUGUUAGGAACACGGAAAUCUUGCAUGCUCAUUUGCUUAAAACUUGUAAUUUACAAUCUGAUAUCUUCUUGAUGAACUCUUUGCUUGAUUGGUACUGCAAAUCUGCUGACAUGGUUAUUGCCUGCAAGCUGUUUGAUACAUUUGCUCUUCCAAAUCUUGUUUCUUGGAACAUCAUGAUAUCAGGUUGUGAGCAUAAUUCAAUGUUUAGGAAGUCAUUGAAGAUGUUUUGUAGAAUGCGUUUGCUUGGUGUUGAGCCUGAUGAAUUUACUUAUGGAAGUGUUCUUUCAGCCUGUAGUGCGCUGCGAGCUCCAAUAUUUGGCAAGCAAAUUCAUUCACUUGUAAUUAAGAAUGGUUUUCUUUCCAGUGGUUAUGUUCAAACUCGAAUGGUGGAUUUGUUUUCAAAAAAUUGCAAUUUUAAGGAGGCUCUAAGGUUUUUUUAUGAUGCUUCACAUGAUAAUGUGGCUUGUUGGAAUGCUAUUAUUUCUGUGGGAGUUAAAAGUGGAGAAAGUUGGGUUGCUUUGAACUUGUUUUGCCAAAUGCGCCAUGCAUCUCUAAUGCCAAAUAAUUAUACAUUUCCAAGCAUCUUAACAGCAUGUGGUGUGCUUAAAGAGUUGCAUAUUGGGAGAGGAGUUCAUGGGUGGACAAUCAAAUGUGGUGCAACAGAUGUCUUUGUGGAGACUGCUAUUGUUGAUUUCUAUACAAAAUCUGGAUGUAUGAGUGAAGCUUUUAGACAAUUUUCCCAGAUGCAAGUCCAUAAUGUGGUCUCCUGGACUGCAAUCAUUUCUGGAUUUGUACAAGAGGAUGACAUUAUUUUUGCACUUAAGCUUUUCAAAAAUAUGAGAGCAAUAGGGCAGCAAAUUAAUAACUAUACAGUUACUAGUGUAGUUUCUGCAUGUGCUAAACCCGGGAUGAUUAAGGAGGCAGGCGAAGUUCAUUCCUUGGUAUUAAAAUUAGGGUUGAAUUUGGAUCCUAAGGUUGGAGCUGCUUUAGUCAACAUGUAUGCAAAAAUAGGAGAACUUGGACUAUCUGAGUUAGCCUUUAGUGAGAUUAAAAAUACAAAGGAUCAGAGCAUAUGGGCUGCCAUGUUGUCUUCCUUGGCACAGAACCAAAAUUCUAGAAGAGCAGUUGAGUUAUUCCUUGUAAUGUUGGGAGAAGGUGUGAAACCCGAUGAGUAUUGUAUUAGUAGUGUGUUAAGUAUUAUGAGCUGCUUAUGUGUAGGGUCACAAAUAAAUGGUUAUGCUUUGAAGUCUGGGCUAGUCUCUAAUGCCUCCGUUGGUAGUUCACUUUUAAAAAUGUACUCAAAGCGUGGUUGUUUAGAAGAAUCUUAUAAAGUUUUUCAGCAAAUCCCUGUCAAAGACAAUGUUUCAUGGUGCUCCAUGAUUUCUGGUUUUGCAGAGUAUGGGUGUGCAUAUCGAUCUCUUCAGCUAUUUAAAGAAAUGAUAUAUCAAGAAAUUGAACCUGAUAACGUUACCUUAAUCUCCACCCUAGCAGCAUGUUCUGAUCUUUGUUUCUUAAAGACCGGUAAAGAAAUUCAUGGUUACAUUUUCCGUUUAGGAAUAGGAACAAACAUAAUUGUUGGUGGUGCACUUGUAAACAUGUAUUCAAAAUGUGGAAGCUUGAACUUUGCGAGGACAGCGUUUGAUAUUUUGCCACAAAAGGAUGCAUUUGCCCUUUCUUCCUUGGUCUCAGGUUAUGCCCAAAAGGGUCUAAUUGAAGAGUCAUUUUUGUUAUUCCGUGAUAUGCUCCGAACUGAUAUAAUAGUUGAUGCCUUCACAAUUUCAUCCACUCUUGGGGCUGCUGCAGUUUUGUAUCGGCCAGACAUUGGAGCACAACUGCAUGCAUACAUCGAGAAAUUGGGUUUACAAGCAGAUAUAUCUAUUGGUAGUUCACUAGUGACAAUGUACUCAAAAUGUGGCAAUAUCGAGGAUUGUGAGAAAGCAUUUCAUGAUGCUGAAAAGCCUGAUCUGAUAGGUUGGACAUCCAUCAUAGUGAGCUAUGCUCAGCAUGGGAAGGGUGCAGAGGCUUUAGCUGCAUAUGAACUCAUGAGAAAAGAAGGUGUCCAACCUGAUGCAGUAACUUUUGUUGGGAUUCUAUUUGCAUGUAGUCAUAGUGGGCUGGUUGAAGAAGCCUUCUUUUAUUUCAAUUCAAUGUGUGAAGACUACAAUAUUAAGCCUGGUUAUCGUCAUUAUGCUUGUCUUGUUGAUCUUCUUGGUCGAUCAGGUAGACUAAGGGAGGUUGAGAGUUUUAUUAAAAACAUGCUUAUUGAGCCUGAUGCUUUAAUAUGGGGAAUUUUGCUUGCUGCUUGCAAGGUCCAUGGUGAUUUUGAGCUUGGCAAGUUAGCAGCCAAAAAAAUAUUGGAAUUGGAGCCAAGUGAUGCUGGAGUAUACGUAUCAUUUUCAAAUAUCUGUGCAGAUGUAGGACAGUGGGAAGAAGUUACAACGAUUAGAAACUCAUUGAAGGGAACUGGGAUGAAGAAGGAGCCUGGUUGGAGCCUUUUGUGA